CACCUCUAGGCUACCCAGGCAUCUGGGUUUCCUGGGAAGGUCACCCUCUAGGAAUUGAGGUGGAAGUGGGGAAGGAGAGAGACAACUGGUCCCUACUGACAAUCUCAUCUACUAAUGAAUGAAGUCUCACCUGACCUAGUGACGCCAGUCCCACGCCACACAUGGCCAAUAGGAAUGCCCCCCAACCUGCUCCACCAGCGGCUGCCCCAGCUCAGUAUUAAAUGGCUCCACUGUUCUCCAGCCACUGAAGCCAAACCUCUGGGCAUGUCUGAGCCUCACAUUUCCACACCCACAUAUCUGGUCAACAAGUCCUGUGCACAUGGCCAGGUUCCUGGAGGUUGCGCUGUCAAGGCGUCCCACUGUCCCCAUAAAGGGAUUCCCCCCGCCCCCAUCAUAGCUCUGCACACUUCUUGACUUUCUGCAGUCUGUUGUUUAGCUUGAGUGUCCUUGUGUCACUUUCCAGUAGUCCCCACUGGACAGGACCUGAUGGUCCAGCUCCUGGAACUCAGCCUGACUCGCCUUGAGUUCACAGGGAUACUGUGAUGCUGAAGGUGUGGGCCCAGGACUAUUCCAGCCGCAACUUUCCCUGGCUUACUCCAGGUCUCUCAUACACCCUCUGCCUCAGUUCAGAGGUCAUUGAUCCUGGGGCCGGGGGACACCCUAGCUGUGUCAGUCACUAUGGGAUAGUGUAGUGAAUGCUGUAGAUGGGUAUCCUAGGCUUUCCUGGGUCUUUAUUUGUCUCACCUGUGCAGGGGUAUGUGCGGACCAUGCUUCCGGGUUUCUGGGCUAGGUCCUACCUCCCUUUAGCCUCCUGCGCAUCAUCACAGCCAACCUGUAUGGAGCACCUUUCUGGCCAUAUCUGACCAUGGGAGUCUAUGGCAAGUGUGACCUUCUCCUGAUAUCUACCCAGUAGUAUCAGGCUUUAGAUGAGUGCUCUUAUGCAGCACGUACAACAAGCCGUCACUGCUGCUAUUUGUCAUUGUACAGGUCAGAAAAAGCUGUCCCGGGGCUGGGGAGAUGGCUCAGUGGAUAAGAGCAUGGGCGGUAGCCGGGCAGUGGUGGCGUACGCCUUUAAUCCCAGCACUUGGGAGGCAGAGGCAGGUGGAUUUCUGAGUUCGAGGCCAGCCUGGUCUACAAAGUGAGUUCCAGGACAGCCAAGAAGAUACAGAGAAACCCUGUAUCGAAAAACCAAAAAAAAAAAAAAAAAAAGAGCAUGAGUGGCUCUUCCAAAGAUCCUGGGUUCAAUUCCCAGCACCCACAUGGCAGCUCAUAGCUGCCUGUAACGCCAGUUCCAGAGGAUCCAACACCCUCACACAGACACGCAUGCAGUCAAACACCAAGGCACGUGAAAAGAAAUAAAAUUUAAAAAAAAAAAAUAGGUCCAAACCCAGUAAUAUGGCUCAGGGGGUAAAGGUGUUUGCUGGGGACUUAAGGUCAAUUCCUAGGCACCCACAGAAAGAAUAUGACUGACUCUUGAAGACUGUUCUCUGAUGUGCUAUUGUGCAUACAUGCACCACCACCACCACCACACACACACACACACACACACACACACACACACACACACACACACACACACACACAAUUAGAAUUAAUAGUGCUGUUUUGUUUUGUUUUGAAGAAAAGGAGACCCAGGGAGGUUAGCUUACACAUCUACAGUCACACAGCCUGGAAGAGACAGGGGCAGGCUUGAACCUGCACGCGUAAGGUGCAGUGCUGAGGGGUGCGCCUGAGGCUGUGGUCGCGGACAGGACACUUUCUCCUCUUCCACCUCUGUCUCCCAGUAUGGCCCCCCUGUUUGUCUGCCAGCAGCCUAUCCGUGUGCCUGUCUUUUUGUCUGUCCUGUCUCCCAGCAUAUCGGUUUUCCGUUUGUCUGUUCUGUCUGGAGACUGUCCCACCUGUGUCUUCCAACCUCUCCCUCCCACUCUGCCUGCCUAUUUGAUGUUUGUCUGUCCGCCUGUUUCCUGUAUUAUUGUUGUUCUAUAUGGAGGCUGUUCCAAUGGGGUGUCCCAACGUUCCUUUCUGUUUGUUUGUCUGUCACCUCUCUACCUCUUUGUCUGUUGUCUGCCUGGUGCCCCCCCCCCCGCCCCUUUCUGUCAAGCCGGUCCACUUGUGUCUUCCCAGCAUCGCCCUCUGUCUGCCUGUAUGUCUGCCUACCUGUCUCGCAGCCUGUCCUUUUCCGUCUAUCUCUUUUGUCUGGGGACUGUCCCGUCCACAUUCCCUUGCUUCCCAUCUCUUCCCUCCUCUCCCCAUCCCCCGACUCGCGCCUCCACCCACGCUGCCCACAGCAUCAAGAUCUCAGCGAGCUCCGGACAGAGGCCAGACUGGGAACUACAAGUCCCGGCAGCCCGCGCGGCAGCGACGGACGCAGGCGCCGUGGAGGGGCGGGGCUUGACGGCCGCAGACUGCGGCACAGUUCCAGUCGCCGUCGCGUCUUGCAGGUGCUGCCCAGCCCGGCCCCUCCGCGGAUCGCCGCAACCGGCGCCCCCCGACCGUGCCCCGGGGCCUCGCACGCCGAGCCCAGGCCGCGGGCCACAGCGGCCGGCGAUGAGCGCGAGGAGCCGAAAUGAGCGCAGACAGCAGCCUGCUCAUGGGCAGCACGCCCCCCAGCUAUGGGACCCUGACGACAGGGACGUCAAUCGAUCCCCUCAGCUCCUCAGCUUCAUCCGUGAGGCUCAGCGGCUACUGUGGCAGUCCAUGGAGGGCCAUCGGCUAUCACGCCGCGGUCUGGAUGCUGGCCGGGAUCCCUUGGCUGCUAUUCCGCUGGAAGCCCUUGUGGGGCGUGCGCCUGCGCCUGAAGCCAUGCAGCCUGGCCCACGCCGAAACACUCGUUAUAGAAAUAAAAGACAAAGAGGGUAGCUCCAGACAGCUCUUCACGGUUCAGGUGCAGACUGAGGCUGUUGUUCAGGGCAGCCUGGAGCUGCCCCCACAGGCCCAGGCAGAGGAUGGCCGGAGCCAGGCAGCCGUGGGAGUGACACCAGAGGGCACAUGGCAGGACACCUCCGAACUCCACAGGCAGGAAGAGGCAAAGCAGGUACUGCGCUAUUAUGUCCUCCAAGGUCAACGCUACGUCUGGAUGGAAACCCAGCAAGCCUUCUGCCAAGUCAGCCUGCUGGACCACGGUCGUACCUGUGAUGACGUCCACUGCUCCAGCUCCGGCCUCAGCCUCCAGGACCAAGCUACGAGGAAGACCAUUUACGGCCCCAACGUGAUCAGUAUUCCUGUCAAGUCCUACCUGCAGCUGCUGGCGGAUGAGGCCCUGAAUCCCUACUAUGGGUUCCAAGCCUUCAGCAUCGCACUGUGGCUGGCCGACCACUACUACUGGUAUGCUCUCUGCAUCUUCCUCAUCUCAGCCAUCUCCAUCUGCCUGGCUCUGUACAAGACCAGAAAGCAAAGCUUGACCUUGAGGGACAUGGUCAAGCUGUCCGUGCGGGUGCAGGUGUGCCGACCCGGAGGAGAGGAAGAGUGGGUGGACUCCAGUGAGCUGGUGCCCGGAGACUGCUUGGUGCUGCCCCAGGAGGGCGGGGUGAUGCCAUGCGACGCGGCUCUGGUGGCCGGGGAGUGUGUGGUCAACGAGAGCUCCCUGACAGGGGAGAGCACCCCUGUGCUGAAGACGGCCCUGCCAGAGGGGCCCAAGCCCUACUGCCCAGAGACCCACCGGCGGCACACCCUCUUCUGUGGCACCCUCAUUCUGCAGGCCCGAGCCUACGUGGGACCCCGUGUGCUAGCAGUGGUGACUCGGACAGGGUUCUGCACAGCCAAAGGGGGCCUGGUGAGCUCCAUCCUGCACCCAAGGCCCAUCAGCUUCAAGUUCUACAAACACAGCAUGAAGUUUGUGGCUGCGCUCUCCGUCCUGGCUCUGCUAGGCACCGUCUACAGCAUCAUCAUCCUCUACCGCAACCGGGUACCUGUGAGGGAGAUUGUGAUCCGAGCUCUGGACCUGGUGACGGUGGUGGUGCCGCCCGCCCUGCCUGCCGCCAUGACCGUGUGCACACUCUAUGCCCAGAGUCGGCUGCGCACACAGGGCAUCUUCUGCAUCCACCCACUGCGCAUCAACUUGGGGGGCAAGCUGCGGCUCGUGUGCUUUGACAAGACAGGCACCCUCACGGAGGACGGCUUGGACGUAAUGGGCGUGGUGCCCCUAAAGGGGCAGGUGUUGCUGCCACUGGUCCCAGAGCCCUGCCACCUGCCCCUGGGGCCCCUCCUGCGAGCACUGGCCACCUGUCAUGCCCUCAGCCAGCUACAUGACACCCCGGUGGGCGACCCCAUGGAUCUGAAGAUGGUGGAGUCUACAGGCUGGGUCUUAGAGGAGGGUCCAGCUGCAGGCUCAGCACCUGGGAGCCAGGUCUUGGUGGUAAUGAGACCCCCACCCGGGGGCCCUCGGCAGCAGCUCUCCUCCCACCCGCAGGAAGAGCCACCAGUGCCAGUCAGCGUCCUCUGCCGCUUCCCCUUCUCCUCUGCCCUGCAGCGGAUGGAUGUGGUAGUGACAUGGCCAGGGGCCACCCAGCCUGAGGCCUACGUCAAAGGCUCCCCAGAGCUUGUGGCCAGCCUCUGCAGCCCCGAGACAGUACCCAGCGACUUUUCUCAGGUGCUGCAGAGCUACACAGCUGCUGGCUACCGAGUUGUGGCCCUGGCUGGCAAGCCACUGCCCAUUGCGCCCAGCCUUGCGGCCGCUCAGCAGCUAACAAGGGAUACUGUGGAGCGGGAACUGAGCCUCCUGGGGCUGCUGGUCAUGCGGAACCUACUGAAGCCACAGACGGCCCCAGUUAUCCAGACUCUGAGGAAGACGGGCAUCCGCACCGUUAUGGUGACAGGGGACAACCUGCAGACAGCAGUCACCGUGGCCAGAGCUUGUGGCAUGGUGGGCGCCCAGGAGCACCUGGCUGUCAUCCAUGCCACCCACCCCGAGCAGGGCCAGCCUGCUGCCCUCGAGUUCCUGCCAACGGAGUCCUCUGCAGUCAUGAACGGGGCGAAGGCCACAGGCUAUCCCACGGUGCCGGAACCCCAGUCCUGUCACCUGGCCCUCAGCGGGUCCACGUUUGCAGUCCUUCGGAAGCACUUCCCCAAGCUGCUGCCCAAGGUCCUGGUGCAGGCUACCGUCUUUGCCCGAAUGGCCCCGGAGCAGAAGACAGAGCUAGUGUGCGAACUGCAGAGGCUUCAGUACUGUGUGGGCAUGUGCGGGGAUGGAGCCAACGACUGUGGGGCCCUGAAGGCGGCUGAUGUGGGCAUAUCGCUGUCCCAGGCGGAGGCGUCAGUGGUCUCUCCGUUCACCUCCAGCAUGGCCAGUAUUGAAUGUGUGCCCACUGUCAUCAGGGAAGGCCGCUGCUCCCUGGAUACUUCAUUCAGCGUCUUCAAGUACAUGGCCCUCUACAGCCUGACUCAGUUCAUCUCUGUGCUCAUUCUCUACACAAUCAACACCAACCUGGGAGACCUACAGUUCUUGGCCAUUGACCUGGUCAUCACCACCACGGUUGCGGUGCUCAUGAGCCGCACAGGCCCUGCACUGACCUUGGUGCGAGCGCGGCCGCCAGGGGCGCUGCUGAGUGUGCCUGUGCUUGGCAGUCUGCUGCUGCAGGUGGCCUUGGUGGCCGGCAUCCAGCUGGGGGGCUACUUUUUGGUCAUAGCUCAGCCCUGGUUUGUGCCUCUGAACAGAACUGUGCCCGCUCCGGACAACCUGCCCAACUACGAGAAUACGGUGGUCUUCUCUCUGUCUGGCUUCCAGUACCUCAUCCUGGCCGCAGCGGUGUCUAAGGGGGCACCCUUCCGCCAGCCACUCUACACCAACGUGCCCUUCCUGGUGGCCCUGGCGCUCUUGGGCUCUGUCCUGGUGGGCCUCAUCCUGGUCCCCGGCCUCCUGCAGGGGCCCCUAGGACUGAGGAACAUUGUGGACAGCUCCUUCAAGCUACUGCUGCUGGGUCUGGUCGCCUUCAACUUCGUCGGCGCCUUUAUGCUGGAGAGCGUGCUGGACCAGUGUCUCCCAGCCUGCCUGCGGUGGCUGCGGCCUAAACGGGCCUCCAAGAAGCAAUUCAAGCGGCUGCAACAGGAGCUUGCAGAACAUCCAUGGCCCACUCUGCCCGUUGGCUCCGUGAGGUAGUGCAGGCCUUGGAGGGCAUGCUGGACACUGGAUCUCCCUGCCCCUGAGCCACGACUGGAACUCUCUCAAGAGACAGUACCAGUCACCUCCCACAGCCCUGAAGCUGGCUGCUGUCACACUGCUGUCCGGACACACUCUCCUGGGGAAGUGCUGACUGCUGUCUCACUUUAGACCAUCCUGUGUAGAGAUAGCAGCUACCAACUCCAUCCAGAGCUGCUGGCACUAUAACAAAUAAAGUGCUGGCUUUCCUGA